AUGGCCUCAGCCGGUGGAGCAGUGCCGUUUUGGCGAGCAGCAGGGAUGACAUACAUAACAUACUCCAACAUAUGCGCCAAUCUUGUCAGAAAUUGCCUCAAGGAACCUCACAAAACCGAAGCUAUCUCUCGCGAAAAGGUUCAUUUCUCUCUUUCCAAAUGGAUCGACGGAAAGCCUGAAAAACCUACUCUUCGUUCAGACACCCCAGAUCAGUGA